AUGCCUAGAAAACCACACAACCUUAAGCGACCAAGGAUAAGACAAGAUUGGCGCAAGGAGAAUUUAUACAACUUAUCACGACUAACCACCCCUCCGGCCGCAAACAAGACAUUCUUCCAGCAGAAAUGGACAGCGAAAUCAUUAGCUCGGGCUUACCACAGUCCAUACGUCCGAGAAGGAACUUGGACUCGAAUGUUCGACAGAAGAUUACCCAGUGUAGUCAGCAUGGACCAUCGAUACCUGGCCAAAUACGACGGAAGUGAGCAGGCGAGUGGGCGAGGAGCAGGGCUGGAAACGCCAAUGCAAGAGCAAGCAAGGCGACGACGGAGAGCCGGCGAGCCAUUUAGAGCAGAAGAUGCUGUGGCGAAGAGAGCAGAUGGCAGGCCGGAGAAGACGCCUUAUCCUCAGAUGACGUUCCAUCCGCUAGAGAGGAGAUUGGAUACGGCUAUUUGGCGAGCGCUUUUCUCUUCUAGUGUGAAGCAGGCGCGGCAAUUUGUGGUUCAUGGAUGGGUGAAGGUUAACGGGAAGAAGAUGAUAUAUCCUGGGUAUCAGUUGAAUCCGGGUGAUAUGUUUAGCGUGGAGCCUGAGAGGGUGAUGUUUGCCACAGGCGCGAAGAAGAAGAGCAGUGAUAGUCAUGUUACGGAUCAUGGAGCUUUUGGCGGAGAAGUGGAGGAGGGGGAGGAAGCAGAGGAUGUUGAGGCGCGGGAAGAAGGUGAAGGUGAAGAGAGUGAAGCUGGUAUGGCUACGAUAGAGUCGGCCGAGGAGCGAGAGGCGCUGGAGACAAAACCUGAAGACGAGCAAGAUGCGAAGAAAGCGAUGAAGAACCUCAUCGCACGCGCAAAGCGGAUACUGGAAGACUCCAAGCGCGAUCUGUCUGGAAAGCGCCAACAAGAACUCCGCGCCUUCUCACAGUCUGUCAAGAAGACGAUGUCGAAGCAUGGCAGUGGUAAGGAGGAUGCGGCGAUAGACGACACGGUAGACGGCUUCGAAACAGCUCUGGCUGAGAUCAUGACCAAACUCCCCGAGGACGCCAAGCCGACACAGUCGACAUCCGACGUACAACAAUCAGCCACCGCAGCCGCAUCAGCCGAGCAGCCAACGUUAUCGUCGAAUCCACAAAUGUCAGACCCCGACAAGGAAGACGAGUACAUCGCGCGCAAGGACGCCGAACUCCUCUCAGCAGCCCUCGAGCGCGCUCGCGCAAACCCAGUCGAUGCAUCGAAGCCCUACGCCACGCCCUGGCAACCUCGACAGUUCAUGAGUGCUUUUGCUUUCAUCCCAAGAUACCUAGAGGUGAAUCAGAAGAUUUGCUCGGCUGUAUAUCUGAGGCAUCCGGUAGCGAGACCUGGGUUGGCGGAGGUUCCUACGCCGUUUGGGGGCGAGACGAUGGAGUUGGCUUUUAAUUGGUAUUUGAGAAGGAGGUAG